UUCCCCCUUCCUUUCCCUCCACCCAAAUCACAGACAUCCAACUGUCAUCUCCAUCCUUGAUCUUUCCCUGCUUCCCUCUUGCUUCCAUUACUAAUAGUAAGAAUACUAACUAACACCAGUGUUCUUCUACCUUUCCUCUCCAUCGCCGUCAACAUCCAUCCUUAAAAUCUUUUUCCCACAGUUCGGGUUUUAGCUUCGACCGAAGAAUCAGCCGCAAGCUUGAAGAAGCUGCAGCCAUGAUCAGUUCUAGCAUAUCAUCCAAACCGUUCCAUUCACAUUCUACUGCCUAUGGCCCCACAAUCCAAUGCAGUAGAGACGCUCAGCGUCUGCACUUCAGCACCGACGCCGCCCUACCCCCACUCGGCUUUCCAUCUCAUUCCAACCGCAAUUUCAGCGGCCGCAACCUCGCAAUCCGUUGCAGUGUUGCUGCUCCCUCCCCAUCGCCACCAUCACCGCCUGCUCUGCUGUCCAAGCUCCCUUACCUCAUCCCUUCUCCUCCGGUGACGGCGCCUGACUCUUGGAGUCAAAGGGAGGCUGCCAAACCACCCUCGGCUGCUGGGCUCGAGAAGAAGAGCAGCGGGCCUAAGUGGAAUUUCGCCCAGAGGGUGAUCGCCUCCGCGCUGGACGCCGUCGAGAACGCCAUCAUCGCUCCGCUCGAGAGGCAGCAUCCGCUGCCCAAGACAGCCGACCCGGCGGUUCAGAUUGCCGGGAAUUUCUCUCCGGUGAGGGAACACCCGGUGGAGCAUGACCUGCCGGUGAGCGGCUGCAUACCAGAAUGUAUUUCGGGGGUGUACGUGCGCAACGGGGCAAAUCCCCUGUUCGACCCCGUGGCCGGACACCACUUCUUCGACGGAGACGGCAUGGUCCACGCCGUCUCCCUCGACGGCGGCCGCGCCUCCUAUGCCUGCAGGUUCACCCGCACCCACCGGUUCGUCCAGGAAGAGACCAUCGGGCGCCCCAUCUUCCCCAAGGCGAUUGGGGAGCUCCAUGGCCACGCAGGGAUCGCCCGCCUCGCCCUCUUCCAGGCUCGCGCCCUCUUCGGCCUCGUCGACGCCAGCCAGGGCAUCGGCGUCGCGAACGCGGGCCUCGUCUACUUUAACGGCCGGCUGCUCGCCAUGUCUGAGGACGACCUCCCCUACCACGUCCGCCUCACUCCUGCCGGCGACCUGCAGACAGUCGGUCGAUUCGACUUCGGCGGCCACCUCGUCUCCUCCAUGAUCGCCCACCCCAAGGUGGACCCCGUAUCCGGCGAGCUUUUCGCCCUCAGCUACGACGUCCUCCGGCAGCCUUACCUCCGCUACUUCCACGUCUCGCCCGACGGCACUAAAGCCCCAGACGUCGAGAUUCCCCUGGAUCAGCCCACCAUGAUCCACGACUUCGCCAUAACCAACAAUUUUGUCGUCGUCCCCGACCACCAGGUGGUGUUCCGCCUGCAGGAGAUGGUGUGCGGCGGCUCCCCCGUCGUCUACGACAAGGAGAAGACGGCGCGGUUCGGCAUCCUCCCAAAGUAUGACUCUGAUGCCUCCAACAUCCGCUGGGUGGACGCCCCUGACUGCUUCUGCUUCCACCUUUGGAACGCGUGGGAGGAGCCGGAAACCGGCGAGGUCGUCGUCAUCGGCUCCUGCAUGACCCCGCCGGACUCCAUCUUCAACGAAAACGACGAGCCCCUCAAAGCCGUGCUCUCGGAGAUCCGCCUCAACCCGUCGACCGGUACGUCAACCCGCCGGACCAUCGCCCCUGGCAUCACCCUUGAGGCCGGCAUGGUCAACCGCAACCUCCUCGGCCGCAAGACCCGCUUCGCCUACCUCGCGGUCGUGGAGCCCUGGCCCAAGGUCUCCGGCGUGGCGAAGGUCGACCUGACCACCGGCGAGGUCCGGAAGUUCGAGUACGGUCCCUCCUGCUUUGGCGGCGAGCCCUACUUCCUUCCCCGCAAUUCCUCCUGCCCUUCGCCCGAAGCAGAGGACGACGGCCACGUCCUCACUUUCAUGCACAAUGAGAAGACUUCGGAGUCGGAACUUCUCAUCAUAAACGCCGCCACUAUGCAGCUGGAGGCCUCGAUCAAGCUGCCCUCCAGGGUGCCCUACGGCUUCCACGGCACCUUCAUUACGCCCAAAGACCUCGCCAACCAAGUUUAGAGACAUUAUUACUUCUCUCGCUCCUCUGACUUGGCCUUUCUUCUUGGACCCGAGAAAUUUUGCCUGAGGGAUGGCCGGCUGUACGUCCCCGGAGAAUUUUCUCGCUUUUUCCGUUACAGUUUUGCGUAUUGAAGUAAUAACAGAGAGAUACAUACAGAGAUGUAAUUUGGGAGUCGAGAGUGUCUAGCUAGUUCGCUUCCGUAUGUAGGAAUUGGACAUCGUGCCCAUAUAUAGAGUUGUGAUAUAUAUAAAUUUAUAUAGGGGAGGGGAAGGGCCAAGCUCGUAGCUUUUUGUCUGUGUAGCUAUAGCUAGAGAGCUCAGCUGGCCUUCCCCGCAAUUCUUUUCGUUAAAGCACCUGCAUGUAUUUGUUAAUGAAUAGGGAAUUUGAACAUCGAAACAGAUCGCUCAUGGUGGUGA